AGCUGUGUGCCAUCAUAAUCCCUAAGAUUCAGUAAUCAGAAACGACUUGUAACCGCCUCUCUCUCUCUCUGUCUAUAUAUGGUUAUAUAAAUCUGCGGUUGAAGAUUUGCAAUCAAGAUUUUUUCUUUUAUCCUUGUUUAGAAUUAGCCACACCCUCCUAAAAUAUCCUCAUUUUUGCCAACUUGCACUUAUCGUCCCUUUGUGGACUGUCACCCUACCUCAACAACCAAUGUUUCUCUCUCACUGAAACCUUCGAUUCCGAUGGAGGAGAUUGGAUCACCUCCAGAGUCCUCCAAUUUGGAGAGCCAUGGAAGCCCUGCUCCCUUGAUACCCACGAGUAGAUUGGAAAGGCUGUUGAGGGAGCGAGUGUUGAGAAGGUCCAGCAAGUCCUAUCACUCGCUCGAAGAAUCGAGAGAUAGUAACGGGGAUUUGGACAUUUCUGGUUACUCAAAUGAUCUGUAUCUGUCUGAUGGUGACAAGGGCUACCAAGAUGAAGAUAUGUUUGAAGGGAAUGUCAUUGGUAAGCAUCUGACUGAUGGCAUUGAGAAACAGGAUGUUCGAGUUCCCAAGCAAAGGUUACUGGUGGUGGCGAAUCGGCUGCCAGUGUCUGCGAUUAGGAAGGAUGACGACUCGUGGGGACUUGAAAUAAGUGUAGGCGGCCUAGUUAGCGCGCUUUUGGGUAUCAAUGAGUUUGAAGCUAGAUGGAUUGGAUGGGCUGGUGUGAAUGUUCCUGAUGAAGUUGGACAAAGGUCACUGACUAAAGCUCUUGCUGAAAAGAGAUGCAUUCCUGUGUUCCUCGAUGAAGAGAUCGUGCACCAGUAUUACAAUGGCUACUGUAACAACAUAUUGUGGCCUCUUUUCCACUAUCUCGGGCUUCCACAGGAAGACCGCCUGGCAACGACAAGGAGCUUCCAGUCUCAGUUUGCUGCGUACAAGGAAGCGAACCAGAUGUUUGCUGACGUUGUAAAUGCGCAUUAUAGGGAGGGAGAUGUGGUGUGGUGCCAUGAUUAUCAUCUCAUGUUUCUUCCGAAAUGCCUAAAAGAUUACAACCGCAAGAUGAAAGUAGGUUGGUUUCUACACACACCUUUCCCCUCCUCUGAAAUUCAUCGGACAUUGCCAUCAAGAUCGGAACUUUUAAGAUCUGUUCUGGCUGCUGAUUUGGUCGGAUUCCACACGUAUGAUUAUGCGAGGCAUUUUGUAAGUGCCUGUACUCGUAUUCUCGGACUUGAAGGGACCCCUGAUGGUGUGGAAGAUCAAGGAAAGCUGACUCGUGUUGCUGCGUUUCCUAUUGGUAUAGAUUCUGAGCGGUUCAUUCGAGCUCUAGAGCUUGAUGUAGUUAAGGCUCACAUGAAGCAAUUGAAAGAGCGUUUUGCUGGAAGAAAAGUAAUGCUAGGGGUUGACCGUCUAGAUAUGAUUAAAGGAAUACCCCAAAAGAUUUUGGCAUUUGAAAAGUUCCUUGAAGAGAACCCAGUUUGGCGCGACAAGGUAGUUUUAGUCCAAAUUGCUGUACCAACAAGGACGGAUGUGCCCGAGUAUCAGAAGCUAUCAUCCCAAGUUCAUGAAAUUGUUGGAAGAAUAAAUGGAAGAUUUGGAUCCCUUACAGCUGUUCCAAUUCAUCAUCUAGAUAGAUCUCUUGAAUUCCAUGAAUUAUGCGCCUUGUAUGCUGUUACUGAUGUUGCUCUUGUUACAUCACUACGCGAUGGAAUGAAUCUAGUGAGUUAUGAAUUUGUGGCCUGCCAAGCUUCAAAGAAAGGGGUCCUCAUUCUAAGCGAGUUUGCUGGUGCUGCACAGUCACUUGGCGCUGGAGCAAUUCUGGUGAAUCCUUGGAAUAUUACAGAAGUUGCUUCAUCGAUUGGUUACGCUCUGACUAUGCCAGCAGAUGAAAGAGAAAAAAGGCAUCGGCAUAAUUUCACUCAUGUUAGUACUCACACGUCUCAAGAGUGGGCCGAGACAUUUGUAAGUGAACUCAAUGAUACUGUUGUUGAAGCACAGCUACGGAUUAGGCAAAUUCCGCCAUUACUUCCCAAAGGAGACGCUGUCGAGCACUACAUACAUUCAAAUAAUCGUUUACUUAUUCUGGGAUUCAAUGCGACGCUUACUGAACCUGUCGACACCCAAGGGAGGAGGAUCGACCAGUUCAAAGAAAUGGAGCUUAAGUUACACCAAGACUUGAAGGAGCCACUGAGAAGACUAUGUGAGGAUCCAAAGACCACCAUAAUUGUCCUUAGUGGGAGCGAUAGAAACGUUCUUGACGAGAACUUUGGAGGAUAUAAUUUGUGGUUGGCAGCUGAACACGGGAUGUUUUUGCGUCGUACUACAGGAGAUUGGAUGACGACAAUGCCAGAAAAUCUAACCAUGGAUUGGGUUGACAGCGUGAAGCAUGUGUUCGAAUACUUUACUGAGAGGACACCCCGGUCUCAUUUUGAGCUCCGUGAGACCUCACUCGUAUGGAACUAUAAGUACGCAGUAUUCUCAGAUGUUGAAUUCGGGAAGCUUCAAUCGAAGGAUCUGCUGCAGCACUUAUGGACAGGUCCGAUUUCAAAUGCUUCUGUUGAUGUCGUUCAAGGAUCGAGAUCUGUGGAGGUUAGAGCAGUUGGAGUAACCAAAGGCGCUGCAAUUGAUCGAAUCCUGGGAGAAAUAGUUCAUCACAGUCACGUGGAAGCUCCUAUCGAUUAUGUUUUGUGUGUUGGUCAUUUUCUACCAAAGGAUGAAGACAUUUAUAGCUUUUUCGAGCCGGAGUUACCUACUGGACCAGCACCUAGUGCAAGGGCCAAGAUCGCCAACCCUCUCAACAGAUUCGCGUCUAACUCUACAGGGGUAGCUGCAUUCUGCCGCAAUGCUGCUUUGCCUAUCCCGUCUCCAGAUUCACGAUCCAACAAUUUUCUGGGGAACGGGAACUGGUGGUCUCGUAUGCGCGAGAGAAUGACUGUGCACGAGGGCUCAUCGGUUCUUGAUCUCAGGGGAGAGAAUUAUUUCUCAUGCGCGGUGGGGAGGAAACGUUCCAGCGCAAGAUAUCUACUGGGAUCAUCGACCGAGGUCGUGGAAUUGCUAAAGGAACUAACAGCUUGUCAGCCAUGAAGAUACUAAAAGGUUACAAAUCAUAGCAAGAUUUUGAGUUAAAUCAUUAUAUUAGUUUCAUUAUUUGUGGUUGCCAUGGUAGAUUAAUUAUGAUGAUUGAUUGAUACAAGUGUAGAAGGUAAUAAGUAGAAAAAGAAGCAAGAAUUCAUCA